AUGACGACGACGAUCAUCACCACGUUGUUCUCAUCAAAAUGGUCAAAAUCGGCAUCAUCGUAUUCCUCUUCUUUUCUUUUUAAGUCGAUGAGGAGGAUCGGGACGAAGGCGUUGGUACUGUUGUUGGUUGUUUUGGUGAUGAAGAUUACGUCGGCGACAUCAUCAUCGAGGGAGGCGAUGAGAAGAGUUGGUUUCGAAGAAGAUGAAUUUAAGAGGACGACGUGGGAGAGAGCAUCGUUCCUUUCCUCGUCGUCGUCUUCUUUGUCUCGAAGGUCACUCAAAGACGUCCACCUCGGAUUCUCGCAUUCGGGCGAAACCAAACCGGUGGCGCAAACGAAACUGUCUACCGGGUUGACCAUCGAACACAUACAGAAAAUCGCAAAGGAUAAUACAAUCAUCGUCACGUGGGCGAACCAUCACUACUUGGAUUUCGCGAGGAACUGGAUCAACCACGUGCAAAAUCGGUUGGGUUUGAGUAACUUUAUCAUAGGCGCGAUGGAUGAAAAGAUGUACGAAAGUUUGAAGGAAGAGUUUAGCGGUGGCGUGCACACGUGGUUGAUGGGAUCGCAAGGGAUCUCGAAGGAAGCGGUGAAGAACGAUUUUGGGUGGGGGACGAAGAAUUUCCACCAGAUGGGACGAGAUAAGAUUCGAUUGAUUAGAGAUUUUACCAGGAGCGGGGUGAACGUUUUGGUUUCAGAUAUCGACGUGGUGUGGUUGAGGAAUCCGUUGCCGUUUUUUAAGCGAUACCCAGUGGCGGAUGUUUUAGUGUCUUCGGAUCAAUUGAGGUCGGAGACGAUGAUUGAAAGUUUGAAACAGAAGAAGUUUAUGGUAGAUGGGGAAGGGUUGGAGUUUCACAUUUGCCACGCGGCGAGUAAUAUUGGGAUCAUGUGGUUUUUAGCGAGUCGCGGGAAUCAGGAGUUAACGACAGAGUGGGUGGAUAGGAUCGAAAAGGACGAUAACCUGUGGGACCAAAGCGCGUUUAACGAUUUGAAGAGUUUGAAUGGAGGGUGCCAGACGCAAGUGGAUGGGAGUGGAGUGCAAGAAGCGUACGGGGACGAGAACAAGAAGAUGCGAGUGAAGAUGGGGGCGCUGCCGGUAAGUUUAUUUGCGAACGGACACACGUAUUACGUGCAGAGGUUACACGAGAGAGAAAGGAAGAACGCAUACGCUGUACACGCGACGUUCCAAUACGGCGGGACGCCGGGGAAGAGAAAUCGAAUGCGAGAAGCAAACGCUUGGAUGGGAGAGGAGGAGGAAUACUUUCGAGGGAAGUUUAUGAGUUUUACGCCGAGAGUAGAGAGAGAUUUCUUUCGUAGUAGUACCGAGAGCGGGGGUAACAAUAAUAAUAGUAGUGAUAGUUUCGAGGCUAGUAGUGAAGGUAGAAAUGACUACAUCGACGGCGACAAGAGAACCGUUCGCGGUGGAUUCGAUAUAUUCGUCGAGCGCGGCUGGCCUGAGAGAGAUAGCAAGUUUCCGAGCAUUCCAACGAAAGAAGAGAAAGUGCUCACGGAAAAUGAACGUUUGGUGAAUUUUCAGCUGGCACAAAUUAAUGAAGCGCUUGCGAUCGCAAAACAUCUCGAUCGCAUUUUGAUCAUACCGCCGAUCCUUUGCGGCAUCGAUCGAGUGUGGUUCCCGCACUACGGUCGAUUCCCCGGUUCGCAUUUACAGCUUCCGUUCAUUUGUCCGCAAGAUCACGUCAUCAACGUCGAGCAGUGGCGAAAUAAAGGUAAAUUUCGGGAACGUUCUUUUUUGGCGCACCCGCAAAUGCCGAAAGGUGCCGUGUCGCCGGAUUCUUCUGCUCGAGUCGUCGUAAAUGGGAAAAGAACGAACGAGGCGUUCAAGAAAUCGCGAACGAUUCCUAUGGAAAUCAUACCGACAACGCGACACAACGCGGACGACAAAACAAAAAUCUCCUUACGGAGGUGCUUCGAACAUCACGACGCGUACGACAGCGGCAACGAUGGUAAAGUAGAAGCGUGCGACCCGAGUCAAAACGUAGCCAUUCAAAACGCAAAUACGGUUGUCUCGUUGGAGAAUCCAGCGGAGAAUUUAGAGGCUUUGGAGCAAAUGCUCGGAGGCGAAGCGAACUCUAAGAAAUUUUUGCACUUUGAUACGAUGCUCGGAACGACGAUCGAAUCGGUUGCCAAACCUGAGAGCAGCGUGAUACCGGAUUACUGGUGUUGCCACAUGAAGGGAAGCGUUCGGUAUAAUCCAGACGGGGUGAAAGGAGAACUGUUCACGACGAAAUCUUAA